AUGGGUUCGAUACCAGACAUUAAGCUUCCAUAUCUUGGGCUCUCUUUACUUUGGGCUCCAGUGCUGGCCAUCACCUUUUUAAUAUGGCGGGGUAUUUUCAACAUCUAUUUCCAUCCCCUUAGCAAGUAUCCCGGUCCCAGAUUGGCGGCUCUCUCGCACUUCUGCCAGUCUUACUGGACCUUCACCGGAACCUUGCAUUCCAAGCUCAAAGAUCUUCACGACCAGUAUGGAGAGGUUGUGCGCAUAGGUCCUAACAUGCUCGUAUACCGCAAUGCACAGGCAUGGAAGAAUAUCUGCGGCCACCGCAAGUCUGGCGAUGGCGGUCCCAUGCUGUUAGAAGCCGACGAUGCCAAUCAUUCAAGGCAGAGGCGUCUUUUGGCCCAUGCCUUUUCUGAUCGCGCAUUGAGGGAACAAGAACCAACUUUGCGAUAUUAUGUGGACUUGCUAAUGCGUCAGCUCAAUGAUUCUGCCGCCUCCAACGAGGCUGUCGACGUCACCAAAUGGUUCAAUUAUAUUACCUUCGAUAUUAUCGGUGACCUGGCUUUCGGGGAGCCCUUCGCCUGCCUGAAGAACAAAGGCUACCAUCCAUGGGUCGCAAGUAUCUUCCAGAACGCGAAGGGAGGGUGCCUAAUGCGACCAUUUCGCACGAUGCUACCCUCGUCCCUUUUGAGUAUUCUGAUGCCGGCAAAGCUGACGCAAAUGCGCGAGAAGCAUCAACACUUUAGCCGAGAAAAGGUCAGAGAGCGCUUGAGCCGACAGACUACUCGGCCUGACUUCUGGACUUAUGUCCUCAGGCACAACGACGAGAAAGGAAUGACUGUCAAUGAGAUGGAGGCCAACGCAGACCUUCUGAUUAUCGCCGGCAGCGAGACAACGGCAUCUGUGCUUUCAGGCUGCGUCUACUAUCUGUUGAAGAACCCAGCUGUGCACCAGAAACUACUCUAUGAGAUCAGAGGGGCCUUUGAUAAGGAUGAGGACAUUAACCUCAUGUCUAUUGGCAAGUUGUCUUAUCUACAUGCCGUUCUCGAAGAAAGCCUCCGCCUCUAUCCCCCAGUGCCAGCCAUUCUUCCCCGAAGAGUUCCCCAGGGAGGGGCAUUGAUCAACGGAGAAUUUGUUCCCGAGCAAACAUCCGUAUCGGUUGCAUGGUACUCUUCCUUCCGCGCGAGCACAAACUUCACAGACCCAGAUGCCUUCCUCCCAGAACGAUGGCUUCUCGACAACAAGGAUCCACGAUUUGCGUCGGACAAGAAGGAGGUCCUGCAACCCUUUUCCUAUGGGCCACGGAACUGUCUCGGAAAGAAUCUUGCCUACGCCGAAAUGCGUCUAAUCGCCACAAAGCUUCUGUGGAACUUUGACAUGGCAUUCGAGGAAGAGUGUGAGAGAUGGGACGAGCAAAAGGCUUAUAACAUCUGGGAAAAGCCGCCUUUGAACGUGAAGCUGACCCCUGUGCAUCACUGA